GAUUUUUUCCCCUUUUUUGGUGCAGCAACUUGUACAGGAGUGCAAACGUACGCAAACCUCACCACCAGAAGCACAAUGCAGUUACGCAAAUUUACCGAAACGUCGUGGGCUUCGGCUGUCGCGUUGACGAUUCUACUGCUGGUUUUCACCUCUACAAUCGACACCACAUCCGCCCUCAGCUACCGAGGCUACAAACAGGAGAUGAAAGAACAGCCCGACGAUGUACUGAUUGAUCUAAUUGCACGGUACGGCCAUACGAUGUUACGAGCAAAGGAUGAGCUAGAAAACUCCAAACGAACGGUAGACUUUGGACUAUCGCGUGGAUAUUCAGGCGCCCAGGAAGCGAAACACCGAAUGGCCAUGGCGGUCGCUAACUUUGCCGGCGGCCCUGGGAGGAAACGAAGGUUCGAAGGAAUCAUGCUGUAAAUUUUGAAACACUGAAUACGAGCCAACCAAUUUCUGUCAUGUUAUCAUGAAUAAGUGCAAUACCCGAUGCGAGUUGAACGGAAAAAAAACUGAUGAAAUGAUGAGCCUCACAACACAAUCAAUUCGAGCAAUACGACCGCUUUUUGUCUUCUGUCUAUUGUUGAACGUAGAGUUUAAUAUAAAUUAAUGCCAGUUUUGAUAGAAAUGUAUCAAUGAUGAUGUA